UGGAAAAUCAGGUCAGAUGCAGCUCAAAAUGUGUCACAUCCUGGCGGAGCACCAUUGAGGGAACAAAGAAGCUGGGAACCAAAUGAUGGGGAUAGCCUGAUAUCCUCAAUCCUACAAACAAGAUGUCAAAGCGGCCACCCUAUACCCCUGCCCCCACCCCAGCCCCCACAACACAAAUGCCCACCACCCCUGGGUUUGUGGGGUACAACCCAUACAGCCAUCUGGCCUACAACAACUACAGGCUGGGAGGGAACCCCAGCGGGAACAACAGGAACUCCUCAGGGAUCACCGUUCCUAAGCCGCCCAAACCGCCCGACAAGCCGCUGAUGCCCUACAUGCGGUAUAGCCGGAAGGUAAGCAGGAAGGUUUGGGAUCAAGUUAAGGCCUCUAAUCCUGACCUGAAGUUAUGGGAGAUUGGGAAGAUCAUCGGUGGCAUGUGGAGAGACCUCACUGAUGAGGAAAAACAGGACUAUUUAAAUGAAUACGAGGCUGAGAAGAUCGAGUAUAAUGACUCUUUGAAAGCCUACCACAACUCUCCAGCCUACCUGGCAUACGUCAACGCUAAGAACCGCGCUGAAGCUGCUCUAGAAGAAGAGAGCCGGCAGAGACAGUCGCGCCUAGACAAGGGCGAACCCUAUAUGAGCAUCCAACCCGCUGAGGACCCUGAUGACUAUGACGACGGUUUCUCCAUGAAGCAUACAGCGGCAGCUCGUUUCCAGCGGAAUCACCGGCUCAUCAGCGACAUCCUGAGUGAGGUUGUGGUGCCUGAUGUUCGCUCAGUGGUGACCACCGCUCGCAUGCAGGUGCUCAAACGUCAAGUCCAGUCUCUCAUGGUGCACCAGAGGAAGCUUGAAGCAGAGCUGCUUCAAAUCGAGGACCGACAUCAGGAUAAGAAGAGGAGGUUCCUGGAGAGCACAGACUCCUUCAAUAACGAGCUCAAACGGCUGUGUAGUCUGAAAGUGGAGGUGGACAUGGAGAAGCUGGCAGCUGAAAUGGCGGCUGCAGAGGAGGCGGCUCGCCGGAGGGCGGAGGAGAGAGAGCGGGAAGCAGCAGAGCAGGUGGAGAGAGCUGCUCAAGAAGAGCAACAGCCAGCUGGGGUCCAGGCCAAUGCCAACACAGAACAAACCUCCACCAGCGAGACCAAGGAUGGAGAAGACAAGCCCACCCCAAUGGAGACGGAGACUCUGGCUGAAGCUUCUGAAGUAUCUCAGGAGGCUGAGCAAGGCACCCCAGCUGCAGAGGGAGAGAAACCAGCCCAGCCUGAGCCUGCAGAGGGUGCUACAGAUGAGGGCACCAGCGACAGCACCGCUCCGUCUGAGAGCAGCUCCGGACCCCCAGCAGAACCCCAGGCCUCAGACAACACCCCUGAGGAGCGGCAGCCCACCCAGACCCAAUAACCCCACCCCCUUAAUCUACAAGUCUCACUUCACUCUGUGUAGAGUCAUAUGUCCUCUAGGAUUUGUCAUUUAAUCCUAUGACCUGCCAGUACAGUGAGUGAGAACAGUGAACAUUUUUGCUCCCCCACCAUAAUAUUCUACAAUGACAUUUUUUGUAAGAACAGCAGAAUCUUAAUUGGCUUUCCACCCGUUCACUUGAUCAGACAUGCUGACCCACAUGGGACAAGCCCACUUCAGUACUUUAGAGCUUCUUGGCCAUUAAAAAAGCGAAUUUAUCAUUCUAAAGUGGAAGUAACUUGGACAAAUGUUGAAUAAAAUAUAAUGCUUGCAUCCUACAGUCACCAAAUGGUUGCAAAAAGCAGAACUGCAAAGUUAUUUUGCUGUUGUUUUACAUGUUUUAUCUACCUGUGGCGCAGUUAUUUUAUGGUAUAUCUUUUUCAUCCUUUAAAUGUUUGGUUGAGUAGUCUGUGGGUGGUAGUUUUUUUUUUUUUUUUUUUUUUUUUUCA